ACGAGGGCGACGACCCGGGAUCUGACAAUCCCAAAUUCCAACGCGCUGAGCGGCGUCAGCUGCCAACGCCGCCGCCGCAGCUCAAACGUGCGCCGCAACCACGUGUCCCGUCGCACGCCCCGCGUCAGCGGCAUCUGUAAAGCCCCCCUUGUCGCCGCUCCGGCGUCCACCCCGCCCCCGCCCCCGCGCUUUUAUUCCCCACUGCACCGCAUCUCCCCCUCCCCUACGAUGCCGUUGCGCACCUCCUCUCUCACCGCCCCGAGACCUCCACGCUUCCCUCACCGCCCUGAACCGUGGCGCCUCCCCCCGCUGCCUCCGCCGCCGCGAUGCUGCUCGCGGCAGAGCCCGACGACGCUCAUGAGGAAGGGGAGAAUCAGCAGCUGCUAAUCACGACGAAGGGAGGGCCCGGGCUUGAGGGACUGGUGGUGGGGAGCUACUGCCACGAUGUGCUGAUCCGGGGCGGGCGCGUAGUGGGGGAGACGCUCGGCGGGGCUGCGGCCUUCGUGUCCAACGUGCUCGACGCCGCCUCGCCCCAGGACGCUGCGCUCAACGGGACAGCCCCCUUCGUCGUCGUGGCCAAGGUGGGCCACGACUUCGUCUACGCCUCCGCGCCGGCGCCCGCGCGGCAUCCGCCUCUGCUCUGCGCGUCGCCGACCACCUCCUUCCACGCCCAGUUCUCGGAGACCGCCGCCUCGGCGCACGCCCCCGACCGGGAGCUCCGGCGCGUGCGCGCCUGCGACCCGAUCUACCCCGCCGACCUUCCCGACCGCCGCUUCGCCUACGGCCUCGCCGUCGGCGUCGCCGGGGAGGUGCUACCGGAGACGCUCGAGCGGAUGAUCCGGCUCUGCCGCGCGGUGCUCGUGGACGCGCAGGCGCUGAUCCGGGCGUUCGACGGCGACGGCGCCGUCGGCCACGUGGCGCUUGACGAUACGCCGUACGCGCGGCUUCUGCCCCGGGUGGCGUUCGUUAAGGCGUCGUCGGAGGAGGCGCCAUACGUCGGGGUGGAAACGACGAGGCAGCGGUGCUGCGUGAUCGUCACGGAGGGGAGGGACGGGUGCCGGCUGUACUGGGACGGUGGGGAGGCGCGCGUUGCGCCGUUCCCCGCCGUCCAGGUGGACCCUACUGGCGCCGGAGACAGCUUUCUCGCGGGUUUUGCAACCGGACUGCUGUGGGGGUUGUCGGCGACCGACGCCGCGCUGCUGGGGAACUUCUUCGGCGCCGCUGCGGUAUCGCAGGUCGGCGUGCCCACCUUCCAUCCCAAGAUGUUGCAGGCAGUUAAAGAAAUACUUGAAGAGAAGACAACAAAACGAUAUAGUCCGUGUAUAAACGGCACUAGUUUUACCUUCGAGAAGUCAAAUUUGCACAAUGAGUUACACGCAGCUCUCCAAGAAGCGGCGAUGCUGAUGUCUGAACAGCAGCAGGCUGAUAAGGCCAACGGCAAUGGUGGUGAUAUUUGCUCGCCAUAGGAACUUUACUUCACAGUGAAGCAGUCAGACGCCAAACUGAAAGUUCGUGGCAAAAUAACCCAGCACUGCAAUACAGAUCUCACAUUGAGGUCUGUAAACACGUUGCCAACAAGUGGAGAAAGUUUGUACAUUAGUACAUACGUUCUAUCGGCUUAUACUAGUGUACUGCUGGUGAGGCCGUGAGGGUUCGUUUCUACCUGCUAUUGCUGAGGAGAAAGUGAAAAGCAGUUGAGCUGUGACGCUUGUACGCAUCCUGUUUUAUUGAGCUUUCUGGCAUCGUGCGGUUAACGUUUUACCAUUA